UAAUUGCAUCCCCUUUUCUGUCGUGCCUCCGCACCAAACAACCAAAGCCAAACAUUAAGCUUUCUGCAUUGCACAAGUUCUCUCAGCUCAGGUACCAAAUGAAGCCCUUCCCAGUAUUCCUCCUUCUCAUAAUGCAAGCUGGGAUCAGUUGUUAUGCCAGGAACAACCGCCUGUGUGCCUCUUCAUCGUGUGGCGAGAUCGAUAACAUACGCUAUCCCUUUCGAUUGAAAGACGACCCGAAAGGUUGUGGUGCUUCGAAGUUCGAGUUAGCAUGUGAAGAUAACCGCACGGUGCUAUCUUUGUUCGGUGGUCGGUAUCAUGUGAAAUCGAUAUACCCUGAAAGUUAUGAGGGUUCCAUUGAUUUUGAUUUUGGGAAUAUCAAAGUGGUGGAUGUCGGGCUGCGAAAGGGCGACUGUUCCUCCCUUCCUCUCUACCAGUUAACGCAGUGUAAUUUCAGUGUUGAAUACAGUGCAUCGUACAGGGUGCCCUAUGAACAACCCACGGUGACCAUCGUGUCUUGCUCAAAGCAAGUGAGAUCUCAUUUAUAUAUCAGCACCGAACUCUGUAUAGUUACAGAAGGGUAUCAUUCAUAUGCCCUCAUCGACGCAGAAGCAUCGGAUAUUGAGGAUUCUUGCACCAUAACCACGUCAAUAUAUGCAGCAGAUUAUUUACGGAAGUAUCGCACAUUCUCCUACAACGACGUUCACAAUGCGAUGGCCGACGGGUUUACUCUCAGCUACUCGCCUGCCGGGGUGAAAACAUAUCAGUUUUGCUUCUUAGGCUUCCGAUACCUAGGGACAAAUAUGCUGAUAUGCAUAGGCUACUACCCCUGUAAGUAUGCCUUUCCAAUUGAGGUUCUUUACCCUAGCAAUAUGCUAAUAUAUGGCUCUAGCUAUAGCUCUUGUGCCUUAAAGCGACGGACCGUGAUUGAUUGGCAUGAAAAUCAAAGUAAGAUAUGCAAGUGA